AUGACCUGCUUCUCAUCAGUGGGGAACCGGCGUGUUGGCAAACAGCGGCUGUCCAUCGGCAGUGGAUGUGAUCGUAUCGCAACCAUCGAGCAUGAGUUUCUCCACGCGUUAGGCUUCUGGCACGAGCAGUCACGCUCCGACCGGGACGACUACGUCUCCAUCAUCUGGGACCGCAUUACUGAAGGCAAGGAGCAUAACUUCAACAAAUACAACGACAGCACAUCCAGUGCCCUGAACGUUCCCUACGACUACGGAUCCAUGAUGCAUUACAGCAAGAAAGCCUUUCAGAACGGCUCCGAGCCCACCAUCGUCACCAGGAUCCCGGCCUUCAGCGACGUGAUCGGCCAGCGCAUGGAGUUCAGCGACAGCGACCUGCUCAAACUCAACCGACUCUACAACUGCUCCAGCUCCUCCACAUUUCUGGACUCCUGUGACUUUGAGUCGGAGAACAUCUGUGGAAUGAUCCAAAGCCGUGAAAAUGAAGAUAAUGCAAACUGGCAGCGUGUUUCCAGAGCCGCAGGUGGACCAGACACAGACUACACCAACAUGGGACGCUGUGACGGAAAGGGUUACUUCAUGCACUUCAGCACUGCGAGCGGGCCGGAGGGGAACAGGGCUCUGCUGGAGAGCAGGGUUCUUUAUCCCAGACGGGGAUUCCAGUGUCUGCAGUUCUUCCUCUAUAACAGCGGCCACGCUAAUGACCGGCUGAGGAUCUGGGUGCGAGAGUACGACACGGCAAACCCCGACGGGACCCUGCGGCUCAUUCACGAGGUUAAAGCUUCUCCUGGUGACCAGUGGCAGCUCCAUCACGUCAGCCUGAACGUCUCCAGAAAGUUCCGAGUGGUUUUUGAAGGAAUCAAAGGGAGCGGGAACGCCGGCGGACUCUCACUGGACGACAUCAACGUCUCAGAGACCAGCUGUCCUGAACACGUGUGGAGGAUCGAGGACUUCAGGAGCGUCCUGGAGAACACGCCGAUGGACGCCGCCAUUUACAGCCCACGCUUCACGUCUAGAGACGGCUACAGCUUCCAGAUGGGCCUGUAUCCCAACGGAACAGCCGGAUCCCCGGGAGAGCUGGGAGCGUAUGCGCACCUGACAUCCGGAGCGGCGGAGGACGGUGUGGUCUGGCCCGCGCGCUGGAAGCAGAUGACCAUGAUGCUGAUGGACCAGAACGCAGACAUUCGCAGACGCAUGAACAACCAGAGGAGCGUCACCACAGACCCCAGCAUGACUGUGGAAGGUGAGCUGAAGCAUGUGUGUGUGUGUGUGUGUGUGUGUGUGUGUGUGUGCAGGUGUGUGGUGGGACAGGACUGGUGGCAUUACGGCGACAGGUGCCAGUUUAAGAGCUCUGCUCAGAGCAGCGUGCUGACGGCGGUGCUGGCGUCUGUGGCUGUGUUUGUGCUCAUGCUGAUGGUGACGGUGGUCAGUGUGGUCUGUGUGAAGAAGCAGCAGAGGAAAGUGCAGCGUGAAGGAGAGGGAAUCACCAUGAAUAACAUGCACUCGUUCGCAUGAAGAUCUGAACUUUCCUCUAAUGUACAUUAUGACUAAUUAAAAACA